AUGCCGAGAAAUACUGAUCCAAAUCCUAAGCAGGGUAUACCCAAGUAUGUGAAAUAUGUGAAGGAGAUUGUGGCAAAUAAAAGGGGGCUGACAGAAUAUGAAAUUGUUGCACUAACUGAAGAGUGCAGCUCCAGAAUCCAAAAUAGGUUGCCCACUAAACUGAAAGAUUCGGGUAGCUUUACGAUUCAGAUCACUAUAGGGCAGAGAAUUCAUGCGCGAGGAUUGUGUGAUCUAGGAGCUAGCAUAAAUCUGAUGCCAACUUCUUUGUACAAAAAGCUGGGGUUGGGUAGUCCUAAACCUACUACCAUCAUCUUACAAUUGACUGAUAGACUGAAGACCGUUCUUAGCGACUGGAGGGCCAUGAUAGAUGUAGCAGCUGGGCAACUUACUAUGCGAUCAUAUGAUAAAGUGGAGGUGUUCGACGUCUAUAAAGCAUUAAAGUUGCCAGCUAUGUAUGAGGAGUUGUCUGCCAUAACUGUGAUAGAUCUUGAGGCAGAGGCUCGCUACAUUGAAUCUAAGGACCCUUUAUAG